CCUGGUCUACACCUGGAACCCACCACAAGGACAUUCAGACAGGAGGGUACAAUGAAGUGAGAUCUGCCUCAAAACCAAACAAAAACGGUCAACAAAUACAGGCACUUGCCUCUAACUCUGAAAACCUGAGUUUGACUUCCUGAGACCCACAUGGUAGGCGAGAAUGGAGUCCCCCAGGUGUCCUCUGACCUCCACACAUGUGCCAUGACAUGUGUGCAGACACACUAAAUAAAUGUACUAAGAAUAAAUAAGUAAAAAUAAACAACAAAGCAUUUUAAGCCUCCACACUUUGACCCUGGAGGUUUAUAACACUUUGAAAGCCAGAGUGGUCAAUCUGUCUCUGACUCCCUGACCCCCUUUAACCAUGUGUACCCCAAAUGCCAGAGUGCCUGUGGGGAACAGCAGGGCUGAAGAUGGGUUUCCUGCUGCCUGUGGAGAGCGGAGCAUUUCCUGUGCCCCGGGCCUCAUUAGCACACUGGCGAAGGUGCUUCCUGUCAGUGACUCUUUCCAUUCUGCCAGAGCAGUUUGCAUUUUCACUCUGCUCUGGGGGGUGGAGGAAAAAGAGUUUCUCACAGAUCUGCUGGACCUCUGAGCAGUUUUUUUUUUCCCUGUGCACCUCACGUUUCCACCAACAGGCAGAAACUAGAGAGCCAGCCCAGCCACUUUGCACUGGGAACAUCAACACCUGGAUGAGAGACAGCUCGCUUUCUCCAGUGGGCACUGUGGUCACCCCCAGUAAACCAAAGCUGAUGCUCUGGAACCUUGUACCAACUCCCCCUGGAAUUUCAGGUGGUUGUAUGCAAAAUACAUACCAAUUUGCCUUUUUUUCCUACGAAUCAGCAACUUAGAAGAGUCAAGAAAAGGACAACAAUACUGGGGAGUCAAUACUGACACCGAGAAGACUCAGACGCUGCAGAGCCCCUCAGAGGUUCCAGGGAUGUACACCACGCCAGUCCCACCAGAUGUCACAAGAAGGAACUCGGGGCCCAGCACUUUGCAGGGGACUCUUGGCAACCUGGAAGGAAAGAAAGGCCAGAGCAGCAGCAUCUUCCCCGGCUUUGUGGCACUGCUGGCCGUCUUCCUGGUCAUCGUGGCUGCCUGCAUCCUGUGGAACUGGAACAAACGGAAGAAGCGGAGAGUUCCUUAUUUCCAAGUAGCUCCAUCGCUGACUCUGCCUCCACCCAGACAACGAGCCAAAAAUAUUUAUGACUUCUUGCCCCAGCAGCAGGCAGAACUGGGGAGACAUCAGUCACAUGGUUUCAGUACUGAGAACCUCCUUUCCAGAGAUUCUGAUAGCCCUGAGCAUGAGGCCUCCCAGGCAGAUGGUUCCCUUCAGAUACACAGAGCUUCCGUUCAUGCUGUGGAGUACACAGUAGGCAUCUAUGACAACGGUACAGUGCCCCAGAUGUGUGGGCACCUUGCCCCCUCCGCACAUUACAUCAGUGUCAGGACCUCCAGAAAUAACUCCAGCAUUUCUUCCACGGAGUCAAAUGAUUAUGUCAAUAUCCCCACAGCAGAAGAGACCACCAGUGAGACUCUAACUUUUACCAAAAGCACUCCUGAAAAUCACUGGGGUCUUCCCAGUGCCCAGAAGCUGGAGUCUGCUGAAGGAGGGCAAGCAGGCUAUGGGGCUGCCACCAACCACACUGGCUUGUGGGCUCCAGGAAGUAAGUUCAGUGAUGGAGAAGAUUCAUCUCAGACUUCAAAUGACUACGUCAAUAUGACAGGUUUGGAUCUUGAGGACGUCCAAGAGAAUCAGCCCAGGGUGGCUUUUCAGUGCUGCAGGGAUUAUGAAAAUGUCCCAGCGGCAGCAGCAGAUACCGACGGAAGCCAGCUGCAGACUCGAGAAGAAGAGACGUCUUCGCAUCCAGACCAUGGGGAGCCUGUCUGCAGGGCCCUGUCUUCCGUGUAUUAUAUGGCAUUUCAACCAUCUACACAGAGUGAGGACAGAGAGGUGGCGCACGCAGAGGAGCACUCAGAUGGAGACUCUAAUGACUAUGAGAAUGUGCUGGCUGCUGAGUUAGGAGGGGACUGCCAACAGGGGCCAGGGGCUUGGUGUCCUUCUGAUGGCGGAGCACCAAGUUACCUAGCUGGAGAACUUUGUGAGGUGGCCUGUCCUACUGGGUCUUUAGGCACUGAAUUCUCUAGUGAAGAUGCCUGAGUGCCCCAGCAUCCUGUUGGAUUCACUUGGUUAGGCUAAGGAGACUGAGGGAAACAGGGCACUAGCAGGCUGCACGUAAGCAAAAGUUUAGGAAGCCCAGCAAAAAGAGUUCUCCUCAGUCAAUAUGGCUGUUAGCUCUCAGGCCAACUGAAGUAAGUUUAGUGACACUGCCUAACCAGGAUGUUAGAAAAGGGACUGUGCACAGCACUUAGAGUGGAAAUGAGAUGUGUCGAAAAUAAUCACCUUCACAAACACUGGAGAAGUGUAGAUUAUUUUGUGACUCAGGUGGGCCAAAAGGAGGAACAAGUUGGGGUAGGGCAGGUGACUUUCAGUUUAAGAAGAGCUGGUGAGGGUGUAGAACUAUAGGAGCCCUAUUGCUGCUGGUGUGACUGCAAAUUUGUCUUACGAACUAUCCACUUCACCCUUAGGAACUGAAACUACUUUCCAAUGUAUACUGGAGUUGUACAAAUAAAUUAAUCUGUUGUAGAUAAGGAGGGGCAGGUUCCCUGUAAAAUGUUUUUAUUAUAUUAACCUGAGCUCUAUGUGGCCAUUUUCAUAUAAGUAUAUAAUGUAAUCUGAGAUAUCCACCCAUCCCUCAAAACUUUCCCUUUUCCCAGUCUUUCUCCUUCCCAUGAGACCACAACAUUCCCCUGGACAAUCUCACUUUGACUUUCCUACCAUCUGUACAUUAUAUAAUUUUAUGUAUCUACAUAAAAAUCUAGGACCCACUAAUGAAACAAA